AUGCUGCCGCUCACUAAGGGCAAUGGGAAGGCGCUCACAGUGCCCAUCGAAAGCUUGCUCCUCGGCCUGCUCGGGGACUUCCCGGUCGUGCUUUUCAUUGAUGGCACCAUUCUCGCCCCCAAUGACCCAGCAUCUGCCGAAGCUGUCCGUGUCCUACAGGAUGCUGGAGUGUGUUACAAGGCGGUCGAUUGUUCGGACGAACGAUGCAACACGGGCGCACGUGAAGUUGUGGCUGCCUUGAGCCGCAACACUUUGCUGCCGCAGAUUUACGCUCGUGGCUGGGUUGGUGGCAUCGAGGAGCUCAAGAGCGAGGCUGGGCGGCUAGCCACAGCCCAGCUCGACCCUGUGGCGAGCGAGUGCAAUACGCCCAUCAGCCAUGAGCAAUUGCGCGAUCUAAUAUCGCACGUCGAUUACUCGUCGUUCGACAUAUUGGAGAACGAGGAGGUUCGGAAGGGCCUCAAAGAAUACAGCAAGUGGCCAACAUACCCUCAGCUGUACGCCAACGGUAAGCUACUUGGCGGCCUUGACGUAGUCACGGGGACGGCCGCAAUUGACUUUUGCAAAUUAAUUUUUUUCAUCUCGACCCAGCUCGGGAAUCGGCGCGGCAUUACUCAGCUGUUAGAUCACAAGGAGGAGGAGCCCGAAACGGGCAGCGGGGAGGCUGCGGCAUUGGCCGCGCCCCUGCGCGGCCUGGCGUCUGCGCCAGAUUGCGCUGGCACAACGGACAGGGAGGUGACUUGGACCACCAAGAGCUGGCUGGGGCUGCAGAAGCAGCGCAUCUCAGUCGUUCUUCACACGGCAAUCGCAGAGCAGAUUGUGAAUGAGCUUGCCUGUGGCGAGGGCGGUCGAGUGCACGGAGCUAAGUGCCUCGCCGUCCUCGCGGGAGUCGCUUAG